UUCUGUUCACUCGUGGUCCCAGUGAAUUUGAUCUGCCUUGGCCUAGCUGUGCAGCUGUGUACAAGGACUAUUCUACCAUCGGCGGCCUAAUCCACCUUCGGUAUCACAAACUUCCAGAGACACUCACACAUCGUGCCACGAUGAAGGUGCGCCAUUAAACCCAGUGCAAACCCCCCUCUUUCUGUCCCUUCUGUCCCUACCUCCUCAAUUGUCGAGACCAUCCAUGGACGGUUCUAUGCGAGUUUAGCUGGUUCUGUACUUGCAACCAAUGAGCAAUGUCCCAGUCAACUUCGAGCCUCACUCGCGACUCGAUCGCGUCUACUCACGCAGUUGCUAAUAUUUUUCACAUUGUCCAGGCACUCAGACGGUCCAUCAAGGGUGACAAGGAAAAGGGGUCAAACGUCCCCAUCGCCCCAAAAGCCGCCGUCGCUAUUGUCCCUCCGAAAAAGGUCAUCCGAGCUCUCUACGACUACGAGGCGCAAUCUAGUCAAGAACUGAGUUUCUCACGCGGGGAUUUCUUUCACGUCAUCGGCCGAGAGAACGAUUCUGACUGGUACGAGGCCUGCAACCCUGCUUUGCCAGACGCCCGUGGCAUCGUACCCGUCGCAUUCUUCCAAGCCUUAGGCCGCACCGAACGAGACAGUGCUCAGUCAGACGGUGGACGGCCGCCUACAGCAAACAAAAACCCAGACCACGAUUCUGGCUACGCCGAGACUAAUGCAUCUACAAUGCCGCCAACUCCCGCCGCAAGCCAGCGCAGCUCCAAAUCGGGAGGUAAGUCGGGCGCCAUGGUGUACGGUAUCGUCAUGUAUGAUUUCCAAGCCGAAAGGGCCGAUGAGUUGGAAGCGAAGGCUGGCGAGGCCAUCAUCGUUAUUGCACAGUCCAACCCCGAAUGGUUCGUAGCUAAGCCCAUUGGCCGGCUGGGUGGUCCGGGCUUGAUUCCCGUAUCCUUCAUAGAGAUCCGAGAUAUGUCGACCGACACAGCAGUCCCGAACCCACACGACGCGAUAAAGCGCGCCGGCGUUCCCAAGGUGGAGGAAUGGAAGAAAAUGGCAGCCGACUACAAGAACAGCAGCAUUACCUUGGGCAAAUUCGAGGCUGGAGGUCCACCCGGUCAACAGCAAAUGGAGCAAAGCAUGGAACGCAUGAGCCUGCAGCAGGGCGGAAGCCGCACCAGUCAACAAAAUAGUGCGUCCUAUCAGCAACCAGGGGGCUACCAACAAGCCCAACAAUCGCCGCAGCAGCAAUCGCAACAACGCAACAUGCAGCAAAACGUACAACCCGAUUCCUAUGCCACCAAGUCCAACUCGCAACUGUUCGCCCCGAUCUCGGCACGGAUACCAAGAUAUUGCUUCGCAGAAGAAAAAUACUGGUUUGUUAUUGAAGCAAACUUGGAAGACGGUAGUCAUUGGGAGCUUUCUCGAUACUAUGAGGACUUCUACGACUUCCAAAUCGCCCUCCUUACGGAAUUUCCCGCAGAGGCAGGAAACACCAAUACCCAGAAACGCACGCUACCGUAUAUGCCAGGCCCGGUGAACUAUGUCACCGACCAAAUCACCGAGGGCCGGCUACACAACUUGGACGCCUAUGUGAAGAACCUUUUAGGACAACCCGAUUACAUCUCGAGAUGUACCCUAGUUAAGCAGUUCUUCGCGCCAAGGGAAGGGGACUAUGAAGUUGACGCCAACCCCAACGAAGAGAACAGACUAUCCACCGGAUCCGGACAGUCGUCAGCAGACUCUCCAAGAGAUGGCGCUUCGAGGCAGUCAUCGCGGAACAACCUAAACGGCAGCGGCUAUGGUGGUCUCUCUGCUGCACCACGCCAAUUGCAGAAUGGUCAAUCUCAGGGAACACGCCAAACGUCAAUGUCUCAACCUUCACAAACGUCGUUAUCUCCGGGUCUUAAUCAGCCAGUCUCGACAUUCAAAGUUAAACUAUUCUUCAAUCGCGAUACCUUCCUUAUUCGGGUACCGUCAGACACCGACUUCCAGCAGCUCUACGAAAAGAUUCGGGACCGUGUCAAGGUACCCGGUGAGCUCCAACUCUCCUACCGCGAUGAGUCCGGUGAAAACUUGGGCUUAAUGAGCAACAACGACCUUAAAGAUGCUUUGGAUCAUAACGAAAAACUAGUUAUUUUCGUUGAGCAAGCAUAAAUAAAAUGACGAUUACUUGUCAUAUUUCGACAUUUCUAUAUUCUACCAUAUACCCAUUCCUCUUUCUUGUUGCAUUCAUCUUCUACGGCAGUUGUUCAUCAGCAUUUAACUCGACAGAAGCAUUGUGGUCUUUACUGCGUCGUCUUGCACGGUGUGGACUGGGCAUAA